UUAUGAACAUAGUGAUGUAACAUGAGCUGCUGUAAAAAACAUAGACUGCAUGUCAUAAUGUGACAUUAUUGGAUACCAUGUGUUCUGUUGUGGACUUAUGCCAGUGUCGAUUUCGUCUUCGGAAAAUCUCUCAGACUUCCAGUAAUAGAAGUGAAUGUAGAUGGAUAAUGAAUGCAUGGCAUCUGCUAUUUGUUUGUGCUCUUCUGGCAGUGAAUUUUCAGGUCUCAAACAUUGAUGAAACCACUGGUUUGCUUGAACCCAGUCCAGUCCUGACAGUGCCCACGUCAAACUUGCAAGAUGGGAAACAAAAUGUAGAAACCAUUCCACUACAGGGAACCACUCUUGGGCAUGAGCUGGAAACCAGUUUGAAUACUGACCAAUUACAGGAGAGCUUGAAAGACGACAGCAGUACCACUUCACAAGCCAUCUCAAGCAGUCAAGUUAUUGCAUCAACUCUAUCAUCAUCAGUGUCUGUCAGUAGCCAAUCAGAUAUUCAAAUACAACCGGACCAAUCAAGUCCAGAAUUGCAAAAAAACAGGGAAUAUGACGUGCCUGUUCAAUUAGUCCAUGACAGCAUCAAAAUAGUAACCUCCCCUGUAACUGAAGGUCAUCAGUCAGUGAUUACAGGGGAACAAAGGUCAGGGACUACAGUUGUCAAAAGUUCUCAAACUACAACAGAUGAAAGUUCAAAGCCCACACAGGUCAGAUUGUCAGAGGCCAAUGGUGAAUCUAUACCAGAUAAUGCAACUGACCGAAGUUCAGAGUCUACUAAUGGCCAAAGUUCAGAAGUUACAAAUGGUCAAAGACCAGAAAGCACAGGUCCAAAUGACCAGCAUAGCAGUGAACUACAUUCAGACAUAAAGGACCUUUUGCAAGAACAGAAGGUCCCUUUAGCAGACACCAAAGACACUUUAGGCGUCAAAGAUCCAGUAUCAGAGGUCAAGGGCACUCCCUCAGAGGUCAAAGAACAAGGUAUUAAAGUCACGGCUCUAAAUGGUCAGUCCGAAGAUUUGGAUAAGGUUUCAAGUGGGGAAGCUGAUAUGGUGAAAAAGAUUGAGGUCCCAGAUGGGGAUGUUAUUAAUUUAAUAAAUACAAGGGAUAUCAAUAGUGGUCUGGAGUUUCCUCAUCAUGGAGAAACAAUGCCUAGUCAAGAUUUUAGAGACAUGGAUCAAGAGGUACAUAAAGGGACUGAGUUUCAUCCUGAAAUUCCCAGAAACAUUGUGUCAGAGGAACCCAAAGAGGUUGAAACAGUGUUUGUGGUGCCGCAAGAGGAUAAGGCAGGGGUAGUGUUGGAAGGUGAACCUGGAGGUCGUGUGAAGGUCGAAGAUGACAAGGAGGACGAAGGGGGCCUUACAUUCAAUGAAUGGACACAGAAAAUUCUGGCUGAGGCUGAGAAAGGCAAAAAACAAGAGGAAGUUUUAGUGGUGGCAGAUACCCCAACACUUCCUGUGAAACCCAGAAAAAAGAAAAACUACGCUGCACACGACUGCGGCGCUAAAGUGCUAGCCAGCAACCCCGAGGCAACCAAUGUUAAAAGUGUUCUCAACGCAAACAAAGAUGACUAUCUCAAUACGCCAUGUAAAGUGAAAAAAUGGUUGGUGGUGGAGCUGUGUGAGCCGAUACAAGCUCACUCCGUUGAGAUUGCCAGCCUUGAACUCUUCUCCUCUCAGCCUAAGAAGGUCAAGGUCAUGUUAAGUGACAGGUACCCAACUAAAGACUGGCAGUUGGCUGGAGAGUUUGAGAUGAAAGAUGAGAGGACGGAGCAGACAUUUCAGAUUGACAAGCUGAAGGAGUACUUUGCCAAAUACGUGCGUUUUGAUGUCCUGGAGCACUACGGCAACGAGCACUUUUGCCCGAUCACAAAGUUUCGAGUGCUGGGUGUUGCCGUGACAGACUAUGAGGAUGAUGACUCCCCAGAGAACGAAGAUGACAGCAACGACGAUGAGCAGGAUGACAUGGAUGUGGUCAUGGCCGGUCAUGAUGGCAAGGCCAAGAACUUGUUUGAGAGCGCCAAAGACACAGUUGUCAGAAUUGUGAAGAAGGUACUCAAUGUGGAAGACACUUCAGAAAAUACAAGUCAGAACUCCAUCAAGGAUGCUGUGGCCCUGAGUGGCAGUACGGAGGUGGAGCACAAUGUCACGGUGACCCCAUCUGGGGAGGCCCCCACCUCUCCCUGCACGCCUGAUGCCAACAUUCCAGGUCAUGUGACGACCGCACCGGACACACAUAUUGGUACCCAGCUCCCUGUGCCUCCUGAACCAGCAUCUGGGAAGAAGGCAUAUUGCCAUUGUCCUGUCUGUGUGACCAUUGGUCAAACAAACAUAGUUAGGAUGCUGGAUGAAGAUGAGCAAGUUGAAACAUCGACGGAGUCUCCUCAAGUGCAGUUAAAUACCCCCACCACCCCUCUGGAUAUGUCCCCUGGAAAAUCGCUGAUACUGCACUUUCUAGAAUGUCAACAAAACCAAACUCAAUCAAUUGGGACAAGAAGGAACUCUUCUGGUCAUCUCUCAAGACUUUGCCAGUUUUCAUUUAUGAUGCUCAAGUCAAGCCCAGGAGUGUUAAUGAGGGUUAAUAAUCAGUGUAGCCUGCCAAUGAAAUCAAAAACGAGUGGAAAUGAUAAAAAGCUAAACAUCCCAAACUCCGUUUCUAGUCAACAUGGAAUAAACGGUGAAAAAAACAGUGCUAUGCCAUCGUCAAUUAAAAGUGAUACUGUCUCAGCAACAAUGGAGAUUUCAACGGCAUCUGGAAAGUUGGAAAACCUCAUUCAACAAACUGAUAAAUUCUCAAGUAUACCAACACCAGUCACUGAUAGGUUGUCAUCCAUACAUAGUGUCCCAGUCAAAUCUGAAACAGUGAAAAUAUCUGAAGAGAUAAAGCCAUCCAGUGCUGCUUUUUCUUCAAUAGAUACCCAGUCUGUUGUACAAUCACAGCACCACACAUCCAUCAAUGUAGAGGCUACAACCUCUACAACAGUUUUAUCAUCAUCAACAAAACCCGCUCUUUCGUUAGCAUCGUUAUCAUCAGAAUCUGUAGCUACUUUAACGUUAUCAUCAGAAUUGCCAGAAAAAUCUUCCUUGGCAUCAUCAAUAUUGUCACCAUCGUCAAUAACAGUAGCUGUCCACAUUGAUCCCACCCCAACCGUUGUUAAUGGCAAAGAGCAUACACUCAGUAACCAGGCAACUAUUGGUAUCCAGAUAACACCUGAUAGCCAGGUUACUGUGGCGACGCCCCCAUUAUCGCAAAGCUGGGCCCCAGACACUAUUGACGUCAGUGGUGAAACAUCAGUAGCUGGGGACCAGGGAAAACAGGAAGCCAGUGAUACAUCUACAUCCACCACCAUUAUUAAUCUUCCACAGCCCUUAUUGGUCACUAUUGAGGCCUCUAGCUCCGCAACAGAACAGGCCUCACCCCUGGAACCCAUGGCAACCAGUGAAGGUCACAGUUCAACAGAUGUUUCCAUGGAUACCAGUGACCUUGACGACCUUUCGGAUGACCCUGUGGCAGUGGAGGAGGACUUUGUUAAGCCUAACACAACAGUUAUUGAUGACAAGGUUGUCAUGGACAGAGGUGGCGUCUCCAGCACUAGGGUAGACGACCUGAACCUGGUGCGUGUGCCCCUGAUACCUGCAGGAAAGCGUGAGUCUGCCAUCAUGCGCCUCAGCAACCGGAUCAAGGUCCUCGAGCAGAACGUGUCUCUCAGUAGUAGGUUUCUGGAGGAGUUGAGUAGACGGUACAAGAAACAGUCGGAGGACAUGAUGAAGAUGCUGAACAAGACAUUGGCCAGACUUGCAAAUGUCACAGUGGAGGCUGACGUAAAGAACAAACUGCACGAGGAUGAGAUGUACAUUAUGGAGAAAAAAGUGGAGAACCUGACAGCCAUCAUUGGUCGCCUGACUCGAAACUUUGAACAACUCAACAAACAGGUCACAGACAGACAGAUGAUCUGGACCUCCAUCGAAAUUCUCGCAAUCCUUGCAAUGGCUCUCUUCCUGCACCUGCGACGUCACAAGCCGGUUCCUCUGCCACCGGAGCUGAAAUCCCUAAUAGACAAGAUGCCCGCAAUGCCUGCCGGGAACCAGCCAAUCCUGAGAAGAAAUUCCCUGUCAGGGCCCGCUACUCCGUCGAAGAAACUUGCGGAUACUCUCCCUUACGGAGGUGGUGGUGGCUUGCAGAGGUUUUGCAGUGAGACGGCUUUAGCAUCAGUAGCAGGGAGAGACCAGCACAGGCAGUCUACAGACACCUCCAAACAGUUCUUCGAAUAUGGUAAAAAGAAGAAGAAAAAGAAAUCCAAAGGUGCCGAAUUAAAGUCAUAUAUGCGCGACGGCCCUGGACCGUCUCAUCAAGAGUUUGUCAGUAUUCCGGAACCUGAUGUCUUGCCGUUUAGUGGUGAGGCUACACCAUACCAGUUGAUAGAACCAGCAAAGCCACGGAGUAACUCACUUGGAAUUAUUGGGAAAGAUACCGUUAAAACUACAGCAGAUGGAGCCAGGGAUAAAGAUUCUAAAGGGACCAAACUUGUAAUUAAAAACCCAUGUAAAAAACUUCCCCAUGGGGGCGGAACUAAAUAUGGACAUUGUUUGCAAAAUAGUCGCACUGUUAGUGAUUUUCAAAGUGGUGGAUUUGCCAAAAGCCACAGACGACAAAAGUCUUUGCCCCAACAAUAUUAUUCAACUGUUGAAACAGUUGGGCAACAAGAAGAACUUAAAACUGGUGUGAAAGUAGAUACAAAUAUUUGUAAGGAUUUUGCUGUUUCAAAACCUAAGCACUUAAAUGAAAAACGUCUUAAAGCAUUCACUUCCAAUGAUGAAUACCUGCGUUGUUAUCCUGAAAAUAACAUACAAGAUCAACAAAUGAAUGGCCAUCAUAGUGUAAAGGGGAGUAACUCAUAUAAUGGAUUUGACAACCAUAGUAAGGCGCCAAAAUGUCAUUUAGUAAAGAGUCACUCUGCAGAUACCUACUGCAUGCAGAGUCAUGGUAAUGUAGCCUCCAAAGAUGAACAUUUUCUGAAGCAAAGAAGAUCAACAGUAAAAAACGACCCGUCGGAAACAGCUACGAUUACCAAUGGUGGUUCCAGAAAUACAUGUAUGGACAACAAUGAUUCAAAUGGAACUAAAAGUGAUGAAGUUUAUAGUAGGAAUAGAAGCCAUGGAUUAUUUGACAAUCAGCCCUGUAGUUUCGAUAAUUUUUCUGAUGUCUAUAGGGUCCCUGGAGAAGUGUGGUUGAGUGAAAACUUAAAAACAGGAAGUCUUGGCCCUCUUAGAAAAGUACUGUCGUUUUUUAAGAGCGAUGAUUGAUUUAAUUUACUAUAUAUUUGAUCAUGUAAGUUUCAGGUGUGAUCAAUAUUCUCCUUCGAAAACCAUUGAAAACAAUUUUAUUAUUUGAGAAUGAAGCAUAUUGAAUAUCUUAACAAGUUUGUAAUAAGUUAUGUGUGCAGUAACUUUUUAUCCUGAUUUUCAUUUAAAUUAUGUUGGCAUGUAUUUUCAGUGUCUAAAAUAUUGAAUUGCUAUUAAAAAAAUCGUUUGAUAUGUUUUAUUAAUUACAUAACAAUAUAAACUGUAAGUGGCUAUGUUGUCAAGAUAAUGUGAAUAAAUGGUUGGGCACAUUGCCGUAUCCAACAACCAAUUCUUAGACCUAGGUCUAAAAAUAAAGAAUAUACUAGUAGUAGUACUUUGAAUUGAAAUAUUAAAUAAUUGCUUUAAUUUGUCAUCAGACUUUGCAUUAAUUGCCUCUAUCAACAUCAUUUUUCAUGUAGAACAUUCUGUUAAAGACAUUAUAAGUAGAAGCCUGUAAAUAUUAAAACGAUGGAACAUUUCUUGGUUUUCUUGGUUUCAAUAAUGGCAUUUGGCCUGGGAGCCAUAGCAGACUCGCGAUAUAUUGGACAGCGUGAUAUAUCGGACCGCGAUAUAUUGGAGUUGCAGUGUAUUGAUAUUCACCAACCAAUUCUUUGAUUAAGAAUAAACAAAAUAUUCAAUAACACUACCUGAAAUUGCCCAUAUAUACCAGGUUAAGCAUGGUGCUAACUCCAUUAGCAACUUGAUCUAAAUGAAGUAUUAUAUGAUAAAAGAUAUUAACUGCCAUGCUAGACUAACAUGUUAAGUAGUUUUAAAACAUUACAGUAAUAAGAUUAUUAUUAAUCUGAAGACUUUAGUCUAAGAAUUGGUUGGUGAGUACAGGGCCUGGUCUUGAUGGUUCUUACAAUAACAGCAAUUAAAGUAACUCUUGUUCUGUAAACAGUAACCUAAGCACGUGUCUGUGCUAAAAUGCUGGAAGAGAUUCAGCAAUUCAAAGUUCAGGUUUACUGUUACGGAAGGUGCAUGCCAAAAGUUAACCUUUCAUAUACACAAAUUACAUAUUAGUGGCAAAAGGCAGGUCAAUUUAUUUAAACAUGGCUUAUAUAGUUUACUGUGAAUAAAACUACAGUUUACUUAUUGUUUUGUGCACCACACAUAAAUGGCACAUUCAAAUCUUUAUGAUAUGCCACCUAAUGACUAACAAUUACCUUGUUAUGCCGUUGGGUUGAUUUAUUUUACUUCCAACAGCAGAAAUAUAAAUGCUUAAUUUAGUUGUGUGCAUAUUUUAUGCAUUUACUUGUAUGUUAUCUAACCCGGUGUUUAUAUGAUUUCAUUUACAUGUUUAUAUGUGCUAAUUUGAUUAUUUACACUUGUAGUAAUUAUUGUUAAAAUAAGCAGUGUAUGUUACAUGAAUUGUGCUAAUAAGGAUGGUCCUAUUUGAAGCUGCCCUUGGCCUGUAAUUUUAUGUGAGCAAUUUUACCCUAGAGCAAAGAAAUUCUUCACAUUUUGGUUGUUUAUGACUGAGUCUUAAUAUUUAAAAAAUUUAGUCAGAUAUUUUGUGACCAUUUUCUGAUGUGUGAUCAUUUGCUAAUUUGUGACCCAGUUCUACUGACCAUUUGCUAAUUUGUGACCCGGUUCUACUGACUAUUUGCUAAUUUGUGACCCAGUUCUACUGACCAUUUGCUAAUUUGUGACCUGGUUCCACUGACCAUUUGCUAAUUUUUGACACUUGGUAUAUUUGUAGUCAUUAGUUUGUGACCGUUUGCUAAUUUGACAAAUGGCAGAGUAAGUCUCCAUACUGAGCUUACAUACAAAUAGAGAGAAAUAAAAUGGAUUGACAAGGACAUAUUUUUAAAUGGUAUAAGAAACAGUUCAUAUAAAAAAUUGAAUCAGCUUUAGUAUAACCAAUUAAUGUGCUUUCAUAUUAAACCUAAAUGGCACAAUUCAUUAAACACUAAACAGGCAUAUGAUUUUCCUCAUUUCAGCUAAUGUCCCCCUUUUCUAUUCAAAAUUUGCUUCACUUAAAGUUCUCACAUUUCGGUAAGUAUUUAUUUUAGUUUUUAUGAACUCAGCCACUAAAAGGGGUGGGCGUUUAAAACCUCCAGUUAGGUGUUCCUUAAGUCACAACCCUGCUAGUGGAAGUACUUGUGACAUCUUUGGAGCUAUUAACAUUCAAGAUUCACUUAUCCUGUCAUCUGUCUUUGACAAAAACAAUUCAUGGGCUCGAACAUGUACCAGUUUUAGAUACAUCUUAAUGUGACAAAUAUAUCAAAGCUGCACUAUUGAAUUUUGCACUUCAAACCUAAGUGUAUUUACAUGUACAUGGUAUGUUUCUAUUUGACCACAGACACGUGCCAUAAUUAUAUUCUAAUCAUUGUCUAAAAUAAGAGGGUUAUCCAAUUAGAUUUCAUUUUCCUUCAACUUAUGCAUGUUUUAAAGCAUGUAAGGCAUAUCGGGACCAUGAUUUUUAAAAGAUCAUUUUUUCACAUUGUAAAAACAAAAAUUUAAUGCUAACCAUUAUACCAAUAUAAAUUAAAUCCAUGUAUGUUUAUCAUUUAAUUUGAUGCUCCUAAAUAUUUAUCAUUUAAACUCUUGUAUUAUGAAUGUAUGAAAUAUCAACACUAAUGCUUAAAAAGUUUGUUAAAGUAUUAACUCAUUACAUAUAACAUUAGAAAGCAAUUUGUACACAUUUGUUAAUAGAGUUGCUUAAACACCACUUAUCAUUUUGGUGGUCAUUUUCAUUUAUGUGUUGUUGGGAAAGUUAUGUACGGUAACUAGUUUUUUGUUUAGUUCAAAAUCAGUGUACAUUUUGUGUUUCUACUUAUCAGUUAGCUCUUACUUUCUUUCUUUUCAAAUUGUUCAUUGACUAGUUAAUGUAAAAGUAAUAAGGCCCAUCCAAAGUAUGAUGGUAUACAGUUAAAGUUAUUGAUUAGCAAUUGAUGUUUUGUUUUUGUUGAUAAUUUUGUAACUUCUUUUAUUUCCAGUUUUGGCCAGUAAGCCCAUGUUUGCAGAGUUUGAAUCUAUGUUGACUUGGUGCUUUUGCUUGCCAACUUGCCUGAUGAAUAUGUCCUUUUCUUUAACAUUUUGAAUGAGAUUUGCUUUUUUUAAUAUACUUGAGUGGCAGCUUACACUUAACAUAAAUGCAUGUACCAAACAAUUGUUGACUGCGUUUACAUGGUGUAUUUAUAAAAAUGCAAGUUUAAUCAGAACUUUUUUGGUAGAUUGGAUUGCACUUUAUGUUUAUUUAGACUCUUGGGGGCCUAUUUCACAAAUUUACCUGCAUAAAUCUGACAUUUUUUGCAAUUAUUAUACCCCCACUAAACAAAGUUUAGAGGGGUAUAUAUGAGUGAGCUUGUCUGUCGGUCAGUCGGUCUGUCUGUCUGUCGGUCGGUCAGUCCUUUCUGCUCUCUAAUUCAAGUAGUUUUCAUCCGAUCUUCACCAAAAUUGGUCAGAAGUUGUAUCUUGAUGAUGUCUAGUCCAAGUUUGAACAUGGGCCUUGCCGGGUCAAAAACUAGGUCACAGGGUCACUUAGUGCCUUUUAAACAUUCAGCAUGUUGUCAGCUCUCUAAUUCAAGUAGUUUUCAUCAGAGCUUCACCAAACUUGGUCAGAAGUUGUAUCUAGAUGAUGUCUAGGCCAAGUUUGAACAUGGAUCAUGGCAUGUCAAAAACAAGGUCACGGGUUCACUUAGUGCGUUUUAAACAUUGAGCAUGGUAUCCGCUCUCUAAUUCAAGUAGUUUUCAUCCAAUCUUCACCAAACUUGGUCAGAAGUUGUAUCUAGAUGAUGUCUAGGUCAAGUUCGAAUAUGGGUCAUGCCGGGUCAAAAACUAGGUCACUGGGUCACUUAGUACGUUUUACACAUUCAGCAUGGUGUCUGCUUUCUAAUUCAAGUAGUUUUCAUCCGAUCUUCACCACACUUUGUUAAAAGUUGUUUCUAGAUGAUGUGUAGGUCAAGUUCGAACAGGGACCAUGCAAGGUAAAAAACCAGGGCAUGGGGUCACUUAGUGCGUUUUAAACAUUGAUCAUGGUGCCCGCUGUUUUUUGUGAAGACAACGUGCAAAAUAUUCUGUGUCAAUGCGGCAUGUGGUGGUAUUCGUCACGUCUGUGACAAAGCUCUAGUUUUAAUUAUAUAUGAUAACGAAUUUUUAUUAACAUACUCGAAUUAAUAGUAUGUUGGAAUAUAUUUAAAUGAGGUGUAGAUACUGUACAUAACUUGUAAUAUAUUUCAAUGAAGUGCAGAAUUUUCAAUAAAUUAAAAAAGCAAAAGUUAAACAAAUGCAGAUGGAGUUGAGGAAAAAAGGGCCAUAACGUGUAUCUCAGCAUGAACACUUGGGACUGGUUAAGAGUGAAAUUGCUGUGACUGCUGUACAAGUCGUAGUUAGUCCACCCACUGUUUUUGUGGUAGUUGGUAUUUAUUUAACUUUUAAUUUAUUUCUUUGCAAUUUCGGUUAUUUGCAUAUGGACCUACAAUUGAAAUAUCUAUUUUCCUAACAAUCCAAGUGUACAACUACAUGCUAUUUGUAUGGAAGCCUGGUUCUUAUAAUAUCUUCAUGAGAUUAUAUGUGUUUGCUUGUGUUAUGUGUACAUGUUUGUCACCUUGUGCCAAUUCUUAAUUUGUUAAAAGACAACAUUAACUUUACUGCAUCGUUCUAAUAGCAAAAAUGUCUGUCGGGAUCAUGUUUCUGGUGUUUAUUUAUUCCUGUAUUUCAAAAAUGUUUGUUUUGUUUACAUUGAACUCCUUUUAGAAGAGGAAUUUUAUGUACUAUGUAAAUCAGUAUUAAAGGGACUUAGUGGCCUUCAGUCUUUUCUGUUGGAACACUCUACUAUGGAUUCUUACACUUUAUUCUUAAACUAUUUUAAUGUCACAUGUUUGUCAUGUUUGUUGCUCUGCAUUUAAUACUAUGCGCAUUAAUAUUAUUAUUUGUUUGUAUUAUUAUUUAUGUGUAAUUAUCAUUAUUUAUUGUUAGUCCAGUAGGUAGGCUUCUGCCUAACCAAAGCUUAUAAUUUAGUCAGUCCCUAAUCAAGAAGACAAAACAUACAUUUUCGUAUGUUUAUAUUUAAAAUUAACUUAUUUAGUAACUUAUAAUCUAAACACGUUUUUUUACAUGCACGUACACUCGAUUUGUAUUGACAAUAAUUAACUUUGAAAAGGGAUUUUUUUUAUAAAUUUAAAAAUAUAAAUGGUUUCUUUUGGAAUUUAAUAUUAGGAAUACUUGUUCAUCAAUUUAAUUUGUCAGUGCGUUCACAAUCUAUAUUUUGCUCCUUGACUACUUUAAAAAAAUAAUAUUUUUGUGUUAUUUUUUCUCUUUUCUUAGAUAAAGAUCUUAAAUACACUUGCACUCGUUUAAUAGAGCAGCAGUCUUAGUCAAUUGGCUACUGCUAAUAGUUAGACGUUUGCACAAAUGAAAAUGUCUGCCAAAAAAAAAUAAUUUUCGAAAUGCAAUUGUUUCAAAUCGAAAUGGUCAUAUUUUUGUAAAACAGCGUGUAUGUUUCUGUUGCGUAUAACGGUAUUUGAUGUACAAUUAACUUCUAUAAUGCAAUUGUUUUCAAUUGUAACACAUGUCGCUAUUCUGUAUGUACUAUUUAUUAAUUGUUGAAUGUUAAUAAAUAAUCCAUUAAGGUA